AUGCUCGCAUCAAACGUAGAUCAAUGUGUCCCCGAAUUCCAAAGCAUAGCUACGGCUAAUAACUACGAGCAAUUUCAAUUAUUCAAUGAGAUCCCAAUUCCCUAUUUCCUCGAAAAACUUCACCAACUUGGUCCCUUGUACCUCGGCGACAAAUCGACCGCAUUCGCCGAACUACGCAUCGAAGGAAUCGACAAGCCAUUUUGGGUGCACAAAGAAUACUUGGUGCUCCAGUCAUUGUUCUUUUGUGAAAUAUUCGAGAACGUGAAUAGCGGCGAUGUGGUCACCAUCUCGAUCCCCUCGCCGGAUACAUUCGAGAUGCUUUUGGAAUUCUUGUAUGAUGGUGAUAGCGAGAAAUGGUAUAACUCUAUCACAAAAGACAAUUAUUAUAACGUUUGGCAGAAUGUUGAAUAUCUUGGGUUGAGCCCAGAAGCAAAAUCUUUAUGUCUCGCUUUCUAUCAGAAUGAAAUUGAGUGUUCAGAUAAUUGA